CCCGACCUCUCGCCCGGAACGCAGCCAGACAGGCAGCAGCACCUCCUGACCCCGCGAGGGAGAGGGUGGUCAGAAAAUGGAUGGAUGUUAUGGAGACCAACCAGCAGGCGGGAAGCCGCUGAAGCUUCACACACAGCUGUGUCUAACGGUAUUCAGAGGAAGUUGAGUGGAAGGAAAAAGUGCAAAACAGCAGGGACAACUUCAGCAUGAAGAAGAUUUUCAAUAAAAAUCCAUUUCAUUUCAUUGGGUUUGGAUCAGAACUGGAAACAGACCUCAGAUCCAACACAAGCUGCAGCUGUCCCACCUCAGAACCAGAGACAUCAGAACCGUCUCACCUGGACCAGGAGAGCCAGAACCUUCUGGCCUCAGUGUCUGGAGGAAGAGUGGACCAGAACCACUAACUUGGUCCAGGGUGGAGAUGAUUCCUCACUCAUUGCUCCAUAAUCCUGACCCUACAUCUGACCCUAACCGCAGACACAAUGAAACAUUCAGAUUCACAUUCUAAGACUCAAAUCUUUCCAAGAACGUUCAGCAAUUAAAAAACUGGCAAUAAUUAUUAAAAUUCAAAACCCUUCCCUUUCCGCGCUGCAGUUUGAACUGAUGGUAGCUUCAGGCUACCUGGGAAUCCUGAGCACCUGGGCAUUAAUGCUGGAUUAGCAAACACUGCGCCCAGGACCCCACGGGCCCCGCGGCCCCACCCACGGUUCGUCUAUAAAACAUCUGAGUUAUCUGAGGAACUACAGCUGGAUUUAGAAGUAUUUCCCUCCGCGUCUAAUGAAUCGAAAUAUUAGACGAGUUUCGUAUUUUAAUUGCUAAAAUACAUGAACGUUUCGACAUCAUUUUAGUUUAUGAAGAUAAGCUAAUAUAGUUACUUCCCAAAAGCAGCGCCGCGAAGGUUCUGUCACAGAACAUAUUCUCCGACAGUCCGUGAAUGCAGCACCAGCAGAAACCAUCAUGGCGGACGCGGUGUCCAGCAGCAACCGCCAGCCUUCAGCCAAACGCAGACGCCUCAACCCCGCCGCCAUCGUCCCCGUCCCCGUCUACUCCGGCAGGGUGAGCAGCAGUCUGCAGCUGAAGCCCACAGCAUGCCUGCUUGGAAGGAAAAGCUUAGAUGAUGAUGGCGACAAGAGCCUGUGGGCGGAGUUUAACCCCCGGAGGCCCGCCUCCACCACCAGGAUGGUGGAGCUCAGCGACUCUGAGGAGGAACCGGAACCCGGGAGGUUCCGAUCCAAACCCGCAGGGAACCAGCUAGGAUACGCUGGCUGUCCGUCGCCGCCGCCGCCUGAAAGCCCGGUCCAGAAGCAGUCCAGCAAGGCCCGGCGGAAGAUCCGUGAGAUCAACAAGAAGCUGCGAGCCGUUAGCACCGUUCUGUCUCCAGAGCCUCUGGACCGGAGAACCGGUCGGCGCCGGAACCGUAGGAACCAGAGGUCCGACCCGAACGACGACAGUGAUGUUCUCAUCAUGAGUCCGGCGGACGGGUCCGACUCGCCGCGGGAGAUUCCACUGAAGAUCCGCUGCCGGACUGACGUCCACAAGGUUCUGGUGCUGCCGUCGACCCGGCUCAGUGAGGUGUUGGGCCGGCUGGCCGCCAUCCUGGAAGUCCCGCCCCCUCGCCUGCUGCUGCUGAGGGACGAGCUGGAGCUGCCGGCCGGCGCCACCGUGGCCCAACUGGGCCUCGGCAUCGCAGACAUCUUGGAAUGUGUGGUGAUGUCAUCAGAGGAGCAGAGCUGCAGUGACGGCGGCGGCUGCAGCAGCGGCGGCUGCGUCAGCGUGAAGCUGCAGAGCAGAGACAGAUCUUCCUCUCAGCUCUUCUUCGUCCACAGAGUUCGUACUCCUCUCCCUCAUCUUCAUCCUCUGUGCCGUUGCGUCCUGACUGUGAAGCGCCUCCUCUCCCACCAGGAGGCGCCGCUGGGCUCCGUGUUCUCCCAGUACCUGUCCCGGCUCCCCGCCGGCGCCCGCGGGUCGGUCCGGUUCCACUUUGACGGCUCCAAGGUGGCGGGCAGCCAGACGGCGGCGCAGCUGGAGCUGGAAGACGGAGACAUCAUCGAAGUUUGGACCUGAGGCUUCGCCGCCGGCUCGGUUCUGUUGGGCUCAGAAACCAUCAAACCCCUGGCGUCCAGUUGGUUCUGACUCCCGGGGUUCUGGUCUUUCUGCAGAACCACAAGUUUACCAGAUUGUGUUAUAAAUAAAGAUUCAUCCUGCUAAUGGCUCAUAGCAGAGCUAAUCAUUAGCUUAGCAUUUUUGCUAACUUUAGAAACGUUUAGCUGGCUUAACGUCCUUAAGGUCAUUUUUCAAGUACAUUUUUUAGCUUUAAUUUUAAUUCUUGGCCGUUUUGUAAACCUUUACCUAAAAAACGUUCAAUAUAUGUCAAAGUUUUGGUUAAUUCUUCAAAUAAAUGUUUAUAUUCCUGCUCUUAUUUUGAAGUGAUUGUUUAUGUUGCAAUUCCAUUUCUUUCUUUUCAACUUACUGAGCAAAUAGUAAUUAUGCAAUAAAUGAAAGGGUUAUUACAUAAACCCUGGUGAUCAACGCAGGUUAAAUUUGGCACUUUAGCAUUAGCUUCUGCUAACUGUCAUGGUGUUGUUGCGCUUCAGUGUUAGCAUAGCUAAUGUCUGAUUAGCGCUCCUGGGUUGAAUUCAGAGCUGGUUCCAUUGUUAGCACUGAGCUGAUCAAACAAAGUUCACUGAUUUAAUCCCUGUGAUCAUUGUUGGAUAUUUAGCUGGUAAAUAGUUCAGGCUGCAAGAGAAACGAUUCUGAUUCAUUCACAAACUUACUUCCUGAUUGUAUUAUUUAUUUUGCCACUGUUGUAUUUCUGAAUCAUUGUCUGAAUGUUAAAUACUGAUCUGCAGUCUGGAGACAACAGUGUGACUUUUUAUGUACUUUUUAUUCUUCAUUGAAUUUUUUUCAUGUACUUUGAGUCUGUAAUAAAUCUACGUGUCUAAAAUAA